GUGCUCAACUACUUGCUGCCACUAGUAGAGAUGGCAACAACAAUAUAUACCCACUAGCAUUUGGUAUUGUUGGGCAAGAGGACACACCUAACUGGUGUUGGUUUCUACACCAACUUAAAAUCUGCCUAGGAGGAGAAGUGGGAAGGUUUGGUCCAUAUACAAUAAUGUCAGAUAGACAAAAGGUAUGUGCUUGCAUCUUAUGUCAUUGUUCCUAUAUGGUUGUUUUGUGCUAGAUAGUAGCUUAGCUAGUUUAAUUGUGUGUCCCAGGGCCUACUAAAUGCAGUGAAUGCUGUCUUUCCUAAGUGCAACCAAAGGUUCUGCCUUAGGCAUAUCUAUGCAAACUUCCAAAAUGCUGGGUUUAGGGGGGAAGAUCUGAAAAAGUGUAUGGAUAAUGCUGCCUAUGCAUAUAGUGAACACAAAUUUAACAUUGCAAUGAAUGACCUUAGAGCUGAGUGUGAGCAAGCUUGGGAGUGGCUUUGUCAAAUACCCAAGAAAACAUGGGCAAGGCAUGCAUUUGACACAAACUGCAAGACUGACCUUGUAGUUAACAAUUUAUCUGAGGUGUUCAACAAGUAUGUCCUAGAUGUUAGGAAGAAACCAAUUAGGACAAUGUGUGAUGGAAUAAAGGAUAAGCAGAUGGUGAGGUGGCAUAGGAAUAGGGAGAGUGGAAAGAAAGCUAGAUGGGACAUAACACCCCAUUAUAGUGAGAAGCUAGAGGUUGAGAAGGAGAGGGCCAAAUAUUGCAAACCAAUUCAAGCUGUUGUGGACUUGUGGCAAGUUACAAGUGGGCAGCAAACCCAUGCUGUUAACUUGCAAAUGCACACAUGUGGGUGCAGAAAAUGGGACCUAAGUGGCAUCCCAUGUAACCAUGCCAUCUCAGCAAUAAACAAGGCCAAAAGAAAACCAGAGGAUUAUGUCAGCAAGUUCUUCAAGAAAGAAAUUUAUCUGGCAGCUUAUGAACCAAUGAUCUAUCCAGUUCCUGGUGAGCAUGACUGGACAAGGACCCCUGGUCCAGACAUUGACCCACCUGCAUUUAAAGUGAAGAGAGGAAGAAAGAAAGAGAAGAGGAUCAAGGGGAAAUUUGAAGUCCCAAAGCCUAAGGAGACAUCAAGAAUGGGGACUAUAACAUGUGGCAAUUGUGGACUGCAAGGACAUAGGUACACAAGCUGCAACAAGCAGUUGAAGCCUGAGCUGGCUUUGAGGAAGAACAAACAUGUGCCUCUUGCAAGGAAUUCCAAUGCUGGUGCUGCUGCUACUACACAAGCAUCAACAACUUCUCAUCCAACUCCUACAACAACACCAACAGCUGGAACAGGAGCUGGGAGAGGAGCUAGGAGAGGAGCUGGGAGAGGAGCUGGGAGAGGGGCUGCAGCUGCAGCUGCUGGGACUGGUGCUGCUAGAGGUGCUGGUAGAGGUGCUGGUAGAGGUGCUGCACCAGGUGCUGGGAGAGGUGCUGGGAGAGGGAGAGGUACAUUCUCUGCCCCAAGGCAAUCUGGUCCCUCCACAUCUACUGCUCCCUCUACAUCUACUGCUACUCCACCUUCUGGUGGUAGAAACAGAGGAUGGAGAGCCUACUUCUAUGCAAGUGGUAACCACUAA